AUGAAAUUUACAUAUGUUUUAACGGGGUGGGAAGGCACGGCAUCUGACUCUAUAAUUUUGAAAGAUGCUUUAAGCAGGGGAGAUUCACUAAGAAUUCCCGAAGGAAAAUAUUAUCUUGGGGAUGCGGGAUUUAUGCUUAAAAAAGGAGUGAUCACACCAUAUAGAGGUGCUCGUUAUCACUUGAAGGAAUACUCUGCUCGUGGCCCACAAAAUAUGAAAGAGUUGUUCAACCACCGUCAUGCUUCACUUAGAAAUGUUAUAGAGAGAUGUUUUGGGGUAUUAAAAAAAAGAUUUCCAAUUUUAUCAGGUGGCGCAGAACCGUUUUACUCAUUUGAAGUGAUGUCUGACAUUGUACUUGUUUGUUGUAUACUGCAUAACUUCCUAAUGGGUGUUGAUAUUGAUGAGACCUUAAUUGCCGAAGUAGACCGUGAGCUACCUCAACAUGAGAACGAAAGACCCCACCAGCAUCAACGUGAUGAUGACUAUAUACAAGGAACUUUAAUAAGAGACAAUGUUGCUGUCGGAAUGUGGAAUGUCUAUGAAAUAUGA